AUGCAGCUUGUCUUUCUGCAAAAGAACCCGCCAGCUUUGAAGCGUUUUGACCUCCGAACACACGAGGAAACAACUGUUCUUGAGCUUGAGGACGUCCCAGAUGGGGUUGACGUUGAUUUUUCCGAACAGCGGAUCUACUGGACGAACAUGGGUAAGAUUGGACCCGACUACACCUUCUUUGAGGAGGACGGCACGGUCGAGAGCUGCGACUUCCAUGGCAAGAACCGACGCAAGAUUAUUACCAGUGGCAUUGUGACCCCUAAGCAAUUGCGUAUUUUUAACAACAAGCUCUUUUUCUGCGACCGCGAGGGCAUGAAGGUCUACUCGGCGACCAAAGAUGGCAAGCUGAACCAGCUCCUUUCUACGGGCGUGUUUGGGACAGGAGAAGAAAAAGAUGCUAUGCGGUGGAAUGUUGGGAUUCAGCCUACGAAGAAUUACGUCUAUUUCACCCAAAAGGGCCCCACCCGAGGCUUUAAGGGCCGGAUCUGCCGCGUCACCCGCGAUGGCUACGGCAAGGUUGAAGAGCUGUUGGGAUCUCUACCUGAGCCAAUUGACCUCGAGCUUGCCCCUUCAGGUAGACUCUACUGGACGGACCGGGGUGCGGGCCCGACUGGCCGCAGUCUGAACUCGGCAACGAUUACUGAUGCCGGGUUAGUGGACCACAGGGUGAUUUUUGCCGGAAUGGGCGACGCAAUUGGGUUGGCUGUGAGCUUUGACGAAUCGUCGGUCUAUGUUGGCGACCUCAAAGGCCAGCUUUGGAAGAUCGACGUAGAAAGUGGAACCGGCGAAGUUAUUCGUAAGGGCGGCGCUAUCACUGGUGUUGCCUUCUCUGUUGAAUUUCACGCCAAUCUAUAA